AUGAAGAAAGUACCAGCAUAUACCCUUCCAGCGAUUCACGACCCUGCCACAAACACAUACCUCUCCAACUCGUUCGAUAUCGCGAGGUACCUCGACAGGACCUAUCCAAACAAACCACACAUCUUCCCGCACAACACUGCCGGUGUUCAGGCGCCCUUUGCACGCGCAUUCGCACUGAAUAUGGAGCCCAUCUUCAACUUCCUGAUCCCAGAGGAAUGUGCUGUUCUUAAUCCGCGAAGCCAGGAAUAUUUCCGCAGGACACGGAAGGAAUUAUUUAGGGUAGAGAGGCUUGAGGACCUGAUACCGAAGGGAGAGAAGCGGGUCACAGAAUGGGCGAAGGUGAAGCUCGGCUUGGACAAAACAGAUAAAUGGUUCAAAGAAGCGGAAGAAAAUAAUGGCCCGUUUAUUAUGGGUGCUACGCCAUGCUGGGCGGAUUUCGUAGUGGGCGGGUAUAUGUCUUGGGCGAGAGCGGUAUGGGGAGAGGAGAGCGAGGAGUGGGAAGAUAUAGCUUCCUGGAACGAUGGUCGUUGGAAGAGGUUUGUGGAGGGGCUAAAGAAAUACGAAGAAAUCAAGUGA